AUGGCAAUGAAGAUUCAAAAUCCAGCUGUUCCUUUCGACUCCAGAGUCGUUAUUAUUGGAGCCAACGGUUACAUUGGCGCCGAGACAUGUGACAAGUUCCUCGAAGCAGGAUACCGGGUUCGCGGAACAGUCCGCAACGUUGACCAACAUCGGGCUUGGAUGCAUGGGCUUUUCGAUAAGAAAUACCCCGGAAAGUUUGAGCUAGUGCAAGUCGUUGACUUUGAAGCCGACGGGGCAUUUGAUGAAGCAUUCAAGGGUGCUGCUGUGGUUGUCUACGUCUCGACUCCCACCAUCUUCGGUCCAGAUCCGGCCCAGGUGGUCGAUCCCGUCGUCAAGGGCACCAUUAACACGCUCAAAGCCGCCGCUGAAGCCAAUAUCCAACGUUAUGUCUACCUCUCCAGCUCUAAAGCCGUCGAAGCGCCCGUCUACAACGUGCCGCACAAGAUUUCGGUAGACACGUUCAACCAUGAAGAUAUUCGCAAGGCCCGCGAAGAGCCUACAGUUCCUACGGUAGAGAGAGCCAUGGCUGUGUACGGAGCAAGCAGGGCUGCCGCAGAACUGGCUUUCUGGUCUUGGGUGAAGGAGAAUGAUCCUCCCUUUGUCGCCAACUGCGUUGUUCCUGAUGGAAACUUUGGGCGUGUUCUGGAUGCGGAACAACCCAACAAUACCUCUGUGGGAAUGCUGAAGCGCAUCUUGGACGGCGACUGGAGCCGAGUGAUGACUCUCGCUUGGAUCAUUAACGUCGAGGACUGUGCUUUUCUUAUGGUCGCUGCCGCCGUGCUGCCUACCAUCGCAAACGAGCGAAUCUUUGCCUAUUACACGCAGGCCACUUGGAACGAAAUGCGCGCCAAGGUUCGUCAGCUGUAUCCUGACCGCCCGGAGCUUGUCAAGGGGGAGGAUUCCGACGUUGUGGGCAGAGACUUGUCGACGGCGGAUGAAGUUGUGAAGCGAGCUGAAGAGGUGCUCAAGGAGCUUGGCCGACCUGGUUUCAUCAGCGUUGAUGAUACUAUUCGUGAUUUCGUGGACACUGUCAUCGUCAUUGACGAGACACUGCAAGCGCUGUCUCCAGGAUAUCAAGGGCCCAUCAAGACGGAAAUCGUGCCGUUCUUGCGCACGCGCCAAGCUGCGCUAGAUGGCACGGCAAUAGCGGCAACAACGGCGGAAGAGUCGACGGUUCAGGGCAAAUUGCAGGACGACAAGUCUCUCUUGAGUAAUGAGGUUGUAGAUGCAUCGACUGACUCCUCAAGCCGGAAAAAUGCAUCAUCUACAGAAUCAAUUGGCAAAAACAGGCCACCAGAAAGCGACGAUGCUCUCUCUACGAUUGACUACGGAGCAGCAUCCACGCCUCGUUCUCAAGUAGACACCCCACAAGAUACUGCAUCUGAUCGGGAUGCCACGGCAGAUUCCGUGACUACAGAAUCCGAAAUUAGCCGUGAGCUGUUGGAGAAGAGCGGGAUUGACAACCCGGCACCGAUUGCACCUGAAUUAAUCAUAUCCAACUACAGGCGUCGGUUGCUACUCAACGAAGCACGACGCACUCCGAAUACCGAUCCCGUUGCCAGACACACGAUGUAUUUCGUGAUUCGCGCGCUCAAAUCCUGGCCGCGAAUGAUGGGUUCGCAUCUCACGAGCCAGCUUCCACCUAUGAUCCACAGACUCCAGUUAGCAGAUGGCAUACCGAUUCCUCUCGCGAACUGUUGCACUUUGGCCAAGAUGUGGAUUAUGCACUCGGAGGGGAGCCGCGACUUGGUGCAAAGUACAGUACACAAUGAAGUCCGAAGACUACUUCAAGAUUAUGACAAGUACAAUGCGAUGGAGCUCCUUGCAGCCGCACAGUCGCUGCUCAUUCUCCUCAUCAUCCUCUUUUUUGGAAUCGGAAACUCGCCGGCAUUGGCUCAUCCGAUAGAUGCACAACUGCUGGUUGACAUGUGGAACGUCAAACACAAGUUAGCCAGCACAGGUUUGUUCCUAGAACAAGAGUCGAAUCAUACAAUGCCACCUUGGAGAGAAUGGGCAAUUGUCUCCGCCAAGCGCCGCACAAUCGUCGCCCUCCAUCACCUCGAGUUUGCGUGGUCGCUUCGAUUCGGAUAUCCGAUCCUCACGUGCUUUGAGCUGGGACCAUUCCCUGCACCCGCUGCCGGAUAUCUGUGGCAGAGUGACCGGGAGGAGGAGUGGCAGCGUCUUUACAAAGACUGGCUGAAGCAGUGGGCGGAGGGAAGUUAUAAGAUGACGGAGCUGUUUCGCGUCAAUGGUAGCAAGGAGAGUGACGCUUUGGAUGCUAGAAGCGAGCUGUGGCUGGCAGAAGCAGACGAGUUUGGCAUGAUGCUCAUGGCAGAAGCGAAUGGUAUUGGUGUUGAGUUUUAG